UGCCUGCUUGCUUCGUGGGACUGAGAAACUGCUAGAUCAUUGGACUUCCAUCCACAGCUGCUGCUGACCAUUUUUGGGGAGUUGGACUAUAGACUGCCUCACUGCCUUUGGCAGUAGCACUGCUACCAACUAUGUACUCCGAUAGUGACUCGGAGUCAUCAGAGUCCGACACUGUGGUCACCAUGUUCGAGGAGGAGGUGUUCACCAGGCAGUACACGGUGUUGAGGACCUUGGGCCAGGGUGGCACUUCCGAUGUGAGGCUGUGCUCCCACCGCCUUACAGGUGCCCCAGUUGCUGUCAAGGCUCUUUUGAGGGAGAGGUGGUCGGACCCAACAGUGCCCGAAGCGGACAUUAUGAAAAUGCUCAGUCACCCAAACAUCGUCUCGCUUGUGCAAAUAAUUGAGACAGAACACACAACUUACUUAAUUAUGGAAGUUGCCAGAGGAGAAGAGCUACUUAAACGAGUCCGGGACGCUGGAUGCCUGAAAGAAGAUGAAGCUAGGAGCAUAUUUGUUCAGCUGCUCAGUGCCAUAGGCUACUGUCACGGUAAAGGUGUGGUGCACAGGGACAUAAAGCCUGACAAUAUCAUAGUGGGUGAGGAUGGAAAGGCUACACUUAUUGAUUUCAGCCUCGGAGACACAUUCCUACCUGGACAAAAACUGGAAAGGCUGUGUGGAGCCUUCCAGUUCAUUGCUCCAGAGAUCUUCCGAGGCCUACCCUACGAUGGCACAAAAGUAGAUAUGUGGGCCUUGGGGGUCAUUUUAUAUUAUAUGACCACCGGAUUCCUGCCAUUUGGAGGAGGAACCCUGUCGGAACUGAGCAACAAGGUGAUGAAUGGAAAAUAUCGUACACCGGAUCAUCUCUCCGACGAUAUUAGGAGCAUAAUUAGCCUCCUGCUAACUGUCAACCCAAGGCAGAGGCCAAAUGCGCAAGAACUCGUAAGCCAUCCAUGGCUCCAGCAAGGGGGAAAGACUUUGACAUUCCAUUACAACAGUGACACCAGAUUCCCAGACCCUGAUAUAAUGGGGGCCAUGGAAAGCAUUGGCUUUCAUUCCCAAGACAUAAGAGAAGCUUUAAAACACAAGGAGUUUGACGAAACUAGGGCAACAUACCACCUAUUGAAAACCCUAGCAAAUCAGGAUGAUGGCACUUAUGUGCAAAGAGAUGUCACUAACCCAGGAGUGACACCUUUCCCUUCACCAACGGACCCUAACACUUACCCUCUGCCUCCCAGGAGAAGGGCCAGUGAACCUUCCCUUAAAAUACGAGUGUCAUCUACUGGACAACGUCCUGGGGAGACAAAUGCCCCUGUUGCACCCAAGAAGACACCCCCUAUGGGCAGUCGUCAGCAAAGAAGAAUGACUGCCCCUUGCAUCUGCAUCGCUACUUACACUGUCGUGGAAGUAAUCGAAACCCUUGAUAACACCUUCUCCUCUAGCUCCCAGUUCGACAAGGCCCCAAGUGAGCCAGAAAGAAGGAGACCUUUUACUCCAAGACCCCCGCAGCCUCAGGGAUGGGCCAAAUGGAAGAAACGAAUUUCGAAUUGCAUCAGGACUCUAUGCUGCUGCUGCAUGUCACCUGACACAACAAGCCGGAGGAAGGUGUGCCCCCAAAAGAGAGAGGACACCCCGAAGAUGACAAGAAGUACAAGGCAUCUUUCAGCUUUGUCCUGAUUGGCCUCUCCUCACCCCAGCACAUGCAAGAAGCCACACCCAUCAGCAGAUAGGUCUACAUUUUCUCAGUCUUCCUCUCAAUGGCUCUUGCUUCUCUGGCUGAUGACCCAAGGUACCUGACAUAAGAGGAGAAUGGAGACUUCGGAGCCAGACCCAUAAGCCUGCCUGCCAAAGAAAGGAGGGAGGCUGCUGCUGCUGUCAAGACCUUCUGGAAGUGGACCACCCCAGACCUGAUGCUCCAGCUCAGGCUGCGAAUAGUGAUAGUAAUAUCAAAUAAAGAGAAUUUGCUUAUUCUCAAUGAUUUUCAAAGGUUGUUAGGAUAUAUUAAUUGGUUUUAUCUUAUAGUAACCUCAUCUUAAGCUUGACACAGGAGGACUUAAAACUCUGUUUUCCAUGUAGAUAAAAAUUAACUGGCAAAGGGCAAAUAACUUUACAGA